GGCGCCUGCACGCCGUCGGGGUGACGUCACCGCGCACAGACUGUGAUGGCGGAUGUUACAGAGAUAGACACAAUGAAGCACUUCCACGGCGGUUUCGAGAAAAUCGACAAAGAAAUGUGCCGUUAUCCGCACUGCAUCGUCUGGACCCCCAUUCCGGUCCUGACGUGGUUCCUGCCCUUCAUUGGUCAUAUGGGCAUCUGCACAUCCAACGGUGUGAUCAGGGAUUUCGCAGGGCCUUAUUUCGUAUCAGAGGACAACAUGGCGUUUGGAAAACCAACAAAGUACUGGAAGCUGGAUAAGAAAAAAGUGUACGGCGGCGGAGCGAACGCCUGGGAUUUAGCCGUGCAUGAGGCAUCCGAGGAGUACAAGACCAGAAUGCACAAUCUGUGUUGUGAUAACUGUCACUCUCAUGUGGCCAUGGCUCUGAACCUCAUGCGCUACGAUAACAGCUCCUCCUGGAACAUGGUCAACCUCUGCCUGCUGUCCUUUAUCCACAGCAAACACGUCAGCUUUGUGGGGUUCCUGAAGACCUGGCUGCCUUUCCUGAUGAUCUGUGGUGUCGUCGUCACCAUCGGCCUUGCUGUCAACCUGCGAUGACUCCGAGAGAGAUGCUGUGCACACCUCAGGAUCACCACGAGCCGCUGAACCUGGACUGAAAUACAGAGACCUCUGUGCAUCUGAUGACACGAGACACUGACUACCAGCACCUUGGGAAAUAAGUCAAUUACAGGGACUUUUUCCAUCACAUAAGCGUUUGCAUUUGAUAGAUUUGUAAUAGAAUCAUAUCACAUACGUGGAUGAUCUCAGCGUCAUUUUGAACUUUCAUCAGUUGUUUUAAAUGAUCCUGAAUGUUCUCAGGCGUAUAUUGUUUUACAUUAAAGGGAGUCUGUAAAUGUGCUUAAUUCCAGGUUCAUUCCUUUUGACUUUUUAAUGUUUACGUCUUCAUUCAUUUAUAUUAUAUGACCAAAUACAA